AUGAACGAAAAUGAAAUUGAAAGUUUAAAAACCGAGUUAGAACAUGAAAAAACAUGCAGAGAAGCAGCUGCGUGGCAAAAUGGGGAGCUGGAAAAACAAAUAGUAUGCAUACAGGAAGAUUUGCGCAAACCAGACUAUCCUUGGGACUUUGACAAUGAUUUACAAAAGGAGAGUUCGCGACAUAAACAAUUAUUGGAAGCGAUAGAGACUUUACGGGAACAACUCCCUAUAUUACGGGAUAAGAUAAGGAAUGCUAAAGUUUGUGGCCCAGACUGCAAAUUGAAACACGAUGACUUGAAUAUUAACUUGGAUAUUCUGACUCCUGCGGAGCUUUUGCGAACUGUGAAACGUUUUGAACGUUUGAAAACGGACCUCGUCAGCACUUUGCGAAGUAAAGAGUGGCGACUGGAUUCGGAGUCUAAGUUAUUCGUGAGGGUGAAUGACCAACGGACGUAUCUGCAGAAUGAGCUUAUGAUUUGUCACAAUAAUAUAAUGCGUUUACAAAGAAACGGCUCGUAUUGGCAGAAUAUUCCAAGAAAGAACGACGAGAGAGUUCUGGACCCAAAGCGAGGACCAAUAAAGAAAAUAUUCUGUAACGAUCGUCUGCCGCCUAUCGUCACUUAGAAUUUUACUUCAUUAAGUAUAAUAUCUUUUUCACAACACAAAGUUUCAUGAGUAGAGUAAAUUGUAUGGAAAUUAUUGUCACUCGUGUUUAAUAGGAAUGUAGAACAUAGAAGUAAUAUAGAUAGAGCAGGAAAGUCAGACUUCCAGCUUUCUUUAGAGAGAGAUGGAAGAUCGCGGUACCCUAUCUGUUGCGAAUUUUUAGAAAUAGCGCGAAAAAAUAGCAAUUUCCGAAACAAUUACGUUAAAAGACAGAGAUAGACGAGGCACUAAAAUUUUCCCUCUCAUUAUAAACUUAACCGAUAAAAAACAGAUGUUGUAUGUCUUCUUUGCUCUAUUUAUAAUGCCUGUAUGACGUAGAAUGGUAUAUAACGUGUUGAAGAAAAUGAUAUUUUUUAUCAGACAGCGAUGUUAAGAAGUAUUGUUUUCUAGCAUGCUAUUGGGUUAGAUAAAUAAAAAUACAAUUGUAAAUAAUAUUGUUUUA